CUUUGCUCGUUGCAGUUACGAACUCGAGGUAGGGCACUAAUUCAAAGCUUUCCUUUCGAGUUCCUAGGCGGUAAAAUCGAUAUAGUUUUCAACAGAUCCCAUCAUGGCGAUGCAGGACGUUAUAAAUAAGGUUAAGGGGACAGCUCUUGGAGUUGCGGAGUACUUGACGCCUGUUUUGAAGGUGCGUUACAAAAUUUUCUACUUAAUCGAAAAUCCAGCUGUGCAAUUUUGUUUUUUUUUCGCUUAUUUUCAAUCAAUUUAGAGAAUUAACCAUCUCUUCUGUCAAUAUAGGAGUCAAAGUUUCAAGAAACGGGCGUUAUUACUCCGGAAGAAGUACGUAUGUAGGUUUUUUAGCUGCGUAAUCCAUGUAAAUAUAGUGGAAUUUGUACUCCACAAGCGAUCGUUUAAUCCAUUUGCGCUUAGAUUUGAGCUUCCAAAUGUUAUAGUAAAGUUCGGAUAUAGCGCGCGCUGUCAUUGGUUGAAACAGCGCGCUAUAUGAGAGGAAACAACAUAUAGCAAGAGCGCUAAAGCUGUCAUGCCAACUGCCAAAUUGUACUAUAUAUGUCCCACCAUUUCCCGGACUUCUCUCUAGCUUUUUUUCACUCAUUGAAAGUGAAAUUUCGGAACAAACGAGCCGGCAAACCACACUAAAGUUGAAAGAUAUUGUGAAACUCAACAAGUGUGGAGGAACACUCGACUACAUCUCGUGUUUCUACCUACACUUCUUUCAUGCUCUAGCCGCUUCCUGCGUGCUUUACAACAGAACAGAGCACAGUCAAGGCUUCUCCGUUAGUAAAAUAGACUAACCAAUUUUUAUUACAUGACCGAACAAUGUCUUUCACUUUUGAGUGCUUAGAGCGAUGCUUAUACGAAGGAAACCAAAACAACAAUUAAUUGUCUACUGUAGAUCUCAAUCAAUCAUUAAUGAAGAAAACAAUUACAAAAAAAGAUAGUUUACCUUUGAGAGGAACGCUUUGUUUUAGGACAGUGUGGGAUGAUGUGGAUAUCUUCUUUUCAAAGUUAUCGCCAUGUAAAGAUAUGCACAUGUAACUUCUCCCUAAAAUAUCCAUAUAUUAUCUAGCAAAAAAGUCCAUGAGGAUAAUCAAACUUAUCAGGUAGAAGUUGUUGUCUUGAUCUAACACCAAAUUCUCAUCACUUAUUCACAAGGAAAUGUGAAGUAGUUUAAGGGGAGAAUUAAUAACCAGAUCUUGGCAGUUAGAAAGAUUAAAGGGGCCGCAAUGUGAAAUCCAAGCUUGUCCACAAGCUACAGACUGCAAUAGGAGGUCUUCUAAGCAGCAGUAGACUGCAAAUAAAUAACUAGCUUUUAAUAAAACCCUUGGUUCAAACCAUUUACUGUAUCAUUAUUAGUGAUACAAGUAAUUCAAUUUGUUGCAUAUCUACUUAUUUGUUUUUAUGUGUGAUUUACAGUUUGUGGCAGCAGGAGACCACUUAGUACAUCACUGUCCAACAUGGAAAUGGUUUGUGUCUGUCUUGUUUCGUUGAGACUAUAUGAUCUACAGAGGUUUUUCACUUUCACUCCAAGGAGUGACACAGAAGUUACUUCUCUCAACAAUAUCAAUGUAAUAUCUGGCAAACAGAUGAAAAUAUAGACAAAUAUCAAUUGAUAGGAGAUACUGUUGAGAUCAACAUCUAGUUGACUGGACUGUAGGAACUGUUCGAAAGGCUAAUGCAGAAUCAGCAACCUGUUCAAUCUCCUAUUGUUAUUAAGUAAAUUUCUCUGGCAAAAUUAUGAUUUAUAUUCCAAAUUGAUUCUGUCUUUUCUUUCCUAGGGAUUCAGGACCUGAUGAUACUAAAAUAAAGAACUAUCUUCCAAAAGACAAGCAGUUUUUGUAUACAAAGAAUGGUAAGCAUGUUUUCCAAUAUUUGUAAAAUCAGUACACCUUGCUUACAUUCCAUGAGUCAUUCUUUAUUUCUGAAAUGAUUUGCCUUUAGUUCCUUGCUACAAGCGAUGCAAGGAAAUGGAACACCAAGAGGAAAAUGAAGCAAUUGUCGAACCAGACGAAGACGGAGGCUGGGUAGACACCCACCAUCACCUCGAUCCAAGUGGGGAGCAAGCUGUCACUGGUACUCAGGAGUCGUUUGCAGAGAUGACACUUGAAUCUGACAAGGCAAGUGGUAAUUUAUGAAGGAAGUUACUUUCUAAAGAAACUUUGGUGCUACUACAUUGUUGGGAGGUAUAACAUGAUAACUUGGUUUUCUCAGUUGGGUUGAUGUUGAAUAAAAUAAGCAAUAAAUUGGUCACUGUAGGUUUUCUAAAGCUGCCUUUUCAAGCAUUAGCCCUUUGUUGGAGAAAAGGGCAAACGGUUUGCAACAAGUUAAUGAAGGGCUUAGUGUUUGCUCUGACAAAGGGCUGCCUCUUGAAGCAUCAGCUCUAGCAACUCUAUGUGGCCAAUGUUCAUUAUCAACUCAGUUGAUAAAACCAAUUAAAUUAUAUGCUAAUCAGUUUGUGCUGAUGGCAUGCUAAGGGUGCACUCACAGGAGUGAUGAGAAACCAUGACCCAUUAAAAGCAGUAACAACAGCAAAUUGUCUUUUAGGGCACAAAAGAUGUAACACAGGUAGAUAAUGAUGAUGAUGAAGAAGAUGACGAUGAGGAGGCAGUGGACAUGGAAGGUAAGUGUAAUUGUACUGAUCAUUUUGUUCAGACUUGCAACAUUACGAAACUACAGAUGGUACCAGUUAACCCUUUAAAUCCUAGAAGUGAUGAACAUGAAACUUCUCCCCAUAAUAUCCAUACAUUAUUCAGCAAACAGGUAAUGAAAAUAUUCGAACUUAUCAGGUAGAAGCUGCUAUCUUGAUCUAGCACCAAGUUCUUAUAACUAAUUGAUAAGGAAAUGUGUAGCAGCCACAGGGGAGAAUCAGCCACAGGGGAGAAUUAGCAAUCAGAUUUUGGGAGUUGAAGGGUUAUUAAAAAGAUAUUAAGUGCAUUGACAGAACUGAAAAUAAUUUAAUUCUGUCCAGUUCAUAGUUACAUCACCUUUUCAAUUUAUACUUUGAAAAUGAUACACUACUAGUCAGUUUCAUUACAACUACUAUGCAGUACUACUUGUAAUACUGCUUCACCAGCAAUGAUACAAAUGAUUUAUUCCCCAUUUCCUUUUUUUCAUGUAGACCUCAAUUUUUCAAAUGUUAAAUACCUGUCACUUCAUUGCUGUUACUGUACAUUUCAUCACUGAAAAAUGUUUCUGUUUCAAAUUUUUAGCUUUUGAAGAAAGUGGAAUGCUUGAAAGUGAUGAGGUACAGUAUAUUCCAUGGCAAAAAAAGUGCAAACGAUGAACAUUCACGAUGAGUAGCAAUAUAUGUCAGUUGUAGUUAAUCACCCCAUGCUUCAGAAACAAGGACAUGAUCCAGGCCUGUUGCUUUUUUCAAAAACUUUACCUUGUCUUUUUGCAGGCUACCUUGUCAAUUCAACCAACUUCUAAGGCUGAGUCAGGGGCGGAGGGAGCCACAGAUGCAAAUGCCUCUGGUGGAAUUCUACAAACAAGAACUUACGACAUGUACAUUACAUAUGACAAAUAUUAUCAGACACCACGACUGUGGCUGUUUGGUUACAAUGAGGUAAGAGUUUGUUGAAUCUCAUUACAUUGAGAGUGACUGAAAUCCCAGAAUUGCAGGCAGAUCUGAAAAGAAAUAAAACAUUCUUCUGUACUCUUUUGUCAUGAGAGCCAAGACUUUGGUAUCUGUAUCUACUGUGCCUCUCCAUUAUGACAUGGGUCAGUGUAAAACUUCAUGCCACAGGGUGCCAAGAUUUCUGAUGUACAUAUUCAUUUAGAACUAACCAUAUGAAUUUUAAUGCUACAUGUAUAAAGGUUUUGCCUUUCAACUGACCUGGAAAAAAAAAGAAAACUUUAUUCUUUGUAAGGAUUAGCUCAAAUUGUUAACAGAAAGGGUCACUGCAUAUCAAUUUUUCCAGUUUUUUAAAGGUCUGGUACAGGUAUUGGGAGUAUAAUGCGACCAACCAGUCCAUAAUUUUUGGAAUGGGCACUAUUGAGACAAUCAUGAAGCUUUUUGGAUGUUUUAUUUUGCAGAACCGAGAACCCCUUGCAGUAGAAGAGAUGUAUGAGGAUAUGAGUCAGGUAAAGUUUUAGCAGUUUUCAGAGUAGAGUUUUGUUGGUUGAUUUUUGCAUCAUGAACAUAAUGUGUGCUCUGAAUUGUAGGACCAUGCAAAAAAAAAACAGUGACAUUGGAGGCUCAUCCUCAUUUGCCAAUGACCAUGGCAUCUGUUCAUCCUUGUAGGUGAGUUGCUACAACUGUCUUCUUACGCCUAAUCCUUACCUUGAUUCUCCCAAAUACUUUGCACUUUCUCUAUAUCAAUUUGUUGCUCAUCCCUUUCUGCUGUACACACAAUCUGAUUAAAAUCUGAAUUUCAAGGAUGGGAUACCCUGAAAAUAGAUACUUGGUAUCAACUGCUGUCAACUUCAGUCUCCUUUGCAUUUUCACUUUCGUUCACUUACAUAACGUUCUUCCUAAAACUUAUUAAGUUAUAGAAUGUAUAUAAUGAGGUGAAGGUAGUUAAUGGUCACUCCUAAAAACGGCAGGCAGACACCUAUCCAAAAUGGACAUUAAUACCUAAGUGCAAGUGCUGAAUUUUGGAGAAAGGUCUCUUACAAUCAGAAAUUUCUGCCUUGAGAGACCCACUUUAAGUUUGUUAAUACUUCAAAGAACAAAGCAUAACGAUCUUUUAGUAGAUCAUAUGUAAACCACCUAACCUAGAGUCCAAUUUGAAAAUUGCUGUGUUAAAAAUACAUCGCCGCGUUAUUUUAGUUCACUGAGCCAAAAGAAAGGACACUGUGGUUGGUGCAAAUCCGUAGUCACGGGUUUAUUUUUUCCAACUCAUUAGACAUGCUGACGUAAUGAAGAAGAUCAUACAGACAGUCGCUGAUGGUGGAGGAGAGCUUGGAGUUCAUAUGUAUCCUUUGAAUGUCAUGGUAAUGCACGUGAUUCCGUGGAAUUAAAAGCUCAUACAUGUUCUAAACUAGGCAAAAUGAGCACACAGAAGCAAAGAGAUGGACUUUUUCUAUGCCACUUUUUUAUUUGUGGCUGUUACUUUUGUGACAUAAGUUUAUGACCAAUCAUCUAGCAUUAUUCAUGUAACGUGACUUUCUUAGACCAAUCCGAGAUUAGAACAAUCAUAUUUGUAACUGAGCUGAAAUUUCCCAAGUGAACAGGUGAUAGAGAUGUGAGACAGAUCAAAACACAGGGAAAGAUGAUUUUUCGUCUUGUCACGAGCGUGGGACAAAGAAAAAUUCUUAAUCCUAAUGAGGAAUCGAACCUCAGACCUUCGCAUUCCGCGCUCCGAUGCUCUACCACUGAGUCACAGAGACAUGUUUUGCAAAUUGAUAACAUCCGUGAUCUGUUCAAAGAAACAAAAUUCAUCCUGCGAACUCAGUCAGCCUUGUCUUUGGAAUGAGUUGAAGACACGAGAAGAAGCCCUAUUUAGAUUUUA